GUGGUUGCCCAGCGAGGGCUUUUCGCUUGGUGCUUGGGACCCGGGGGUGGUCGAGCGUGUUUGUCCCCGACUCCGCGGCCGCGGCCUGAGCAGAGGGGCAGCGGGGUCCUCAUCGUCCCGCCUGCUCUUGUCACGCCGCCCCGAUCCGGGACCCCUCUGGAGUCCUGUUCCCUCCCACCCUAGCUCUCGGUCUCCCAGCCCCGCCCGGGAGGUCCAGGCCCCAUCCCGCCGGGUCCCCACCGGGCCACGGGCGCAGGGGACCAGCCSUCCCCGCUUCCACCGCCCAGGCCGCGAAACCCACCCUCCGACGCCUCUGGCCGCUGCUCUUCACUCCGGGUCGGCGGUAGUGGUGGUUACCAUGGUGAAGCUGGCAGCCAAAUGCAUCCUGGCAGGAGACCCGACGGUGGGCAAGACGGCCCUGGCGCAGCUCUUCCGCAGCGAUGGGGUGCACUUCCAGAACUACACCCUGACAGCAGGGGUGGAUUUGGUGGUGAAGACGGUGCCAGUUCCCGACACCGGCGACAGUGUGGAGCUCUUCAUUUUUGACUCGGCCGGCAAGGAGCUGUUUUCUGAAAUGCUGGAUAAAUUGUGGGAAAGUCCCAACGUCCUGUGUCUGGUCUACGACGUGACCAACGAGCAGUCCUUCAACAGCUGUGGCAAGUGGCUGGAGAAGGUCCGGGCGCAGGCUCCGGGCACCACCCUGCCAGGUGUCCUGGUGGGAAACAAGACAGACCUGGCUGGCAGGCGGGCAGUGGACUCGGCCCAGGCCCGGGCGUGGGCGCUGGGCCAGGGCCUGGAGUGUUUUGAAACGUCCGUGAAGGAGAUGGAGAGCUACGAGGCCCCCUUCCACUGCCUGGCCAAGCAGUUCCACCAGCUGUACCGGGAGAGGGUGGACGCCUUCCACACCCUGGUGUGAGCGGCCGCCUGGGCCGCCGUGGGCCUGGCCGUGCCUCUCCCUGGAGGACGAGCGGCGCUGGAGUUGCUCUGCGCCCAGGGACCUCGGGACAGCCGCAAAUAAAACUAGG